AGUUCAACUCUGACCCCUCGCUGCGACGAUAGAACAAAGCAGAUCGACUCCCGUUUUACGCGAGGAGAAAACCCGUCUUGGAAAGCAGGCUGGACAUGGCAACGGCAGGACAUGGGUCUCCCACCGAAGUAGAGCAGGAUCGCCAUGAUGGGUCUCUCAUCGGGGUUUCCCAUAUUGACUUUGACCACACAUCAAACAAUGCUGAAGACCAGACAGCAGACAGAAAGGUCAACUUGAGUAGUGCAGCUAGUAAGCAUUCAGGAGAAAAGCCCUACAAGUGUGACCGCUCUGACUUUUCUACAGCAACGAAAUCUCACUUAGAUGAUCUAUCAACUCAAAUCGGCGACAAACCCUACAAGUGUGGGGAGUGUGGGUACAGAACAGCUCAAAUGUCUGACUUAUCCCGACAUAUGAGAACUCAUACUGGAGACAAACCCUACAAGUGCGACCAGUGUGACUAUUCUGCGGUGCACAAAAGUAAUGUAGACAACCAUAUAGCAGCAAAACACAGUGGUGAGAAGCCCUACAUGUGUGGGGAGUGUGGGUACAGAACAGCUCUAAAGUCUACCUUAUUGCAACAUAUCAGAAUCCAUACCGGAGAAAAACCCUACAAGUGCUACCAGUGCGACCAUUCUGCUUCACGGAAAUCCAGUUUGGAUAUGCAUAUAGCAGCAAAACACACACGUGAAAAACCCUACAAGUGUGACCGGUGCGACUAUUCUUCAACACAGAAAACCCAUCUUCGCUACCAUAUAGCAGCAAAACAUGGUGGUGAGAAUCCCUACAUGUGUGGGGAGUGUGGAUACAGGACAGCUCAAAAGUGUCACUUAUCUGAGCAUAUGAGAACCCACACAAGUGAAAAAAACUACAAAUGUGACCUGUGCGACUAUUCGGCAGCACAGAGAUCGGCUUUGGUCACACAUACACAACGACAUCACACUGAUGAAAAACCCUUUAAGUGUGAGGAGUGUGGGUUUAGAACAACUCAUAAAUCUAAGCUAUCAAUACAUAUGCGAACCCAUACUGGAGAAAAACCCUACAAGUGUGACCAGUGUGACUAUUCUGCUGCAGUGAAAUCCCAUUUGGACCAGCAUCGCACAAAACACACGGGUGAGAAACCCUACAAGUGUGACCAGUGUGACUAUUCUGCAGCACAGAAGGUCCUCCUGGACAACCAUACAGCAGCAAAACACACUGGUGAGAAACCCUACAUGUGUGGGGAGUGUGGGUUCAGAACAACUACAAAAUCUAAGUUAUCAAUACACUUGUUAACCCAUACUGGAGAAAAACCCUACAAGUGUGACAAGUGCGACUAUUCUGCAACACGGAAAUCCACUUUGGACCAGCAUCGCACAAAACACACGGGUGACAAACCCUACAUGUGUGGGGAGUGUGGGUACAGGUCAGCUCAAAAGUCCACCUUAUCCCAACAUAUGAGAACCCACACGGGAGAAAAACCCUACAAGUGUGACCAGUGUGACUAUUCUGCAGCACGGAAAUCCACUUUGGACGAACAUAGGGCAACAACGCACACUGAUGAAAAACCCUACAUGUGUGAAAAGUGUGGGUACAAGACAGCUCGGAAGUCUGACCUGUCUAAACACAUGACUAGAAAGCACAACAUUUUGGGUCUUGUGCGGAACAGGUGGAUCGACAACUUUGACCAGCUGCAGGACCUGUUUGAGGUACCGUGGGCGGUCAUGUUCUUCUUGAGGUCAGUCAGGGGCAAGAUUCGGCAGACCAUGUGGGGUCAUGGCCUCGGCCGCCACUCUAAGGAGGAACAGGAAGGCAUCAUUGAGAAAGAUCUCCGGGCCAUCUCAAGUUUUCUAGGUACUAAACCUUAUCUGAUGGGAGAUGAGCCUACUGAGGUAGAUGCAGCAGUGUUUGGGCAGCUUUCGGAGCUUUGUUGGGCUAACCAUGACUCCUACCUACACAGGAUUGUCACUGUGGACUGUCCCAACCUGCAGGCAUACUGCAGCCGUAUCAGGGACCGCUAUUGGCCAGACUGGGACCAGCUGACUAAGAAAACUAAAAAGGACCAAUGAGGAUAUGUUCUGUAACGUUAGUUCACCUUUAUCCACAGAGUAACCUAUAUCUGUUGUAUACAAAAAUAAGGUAUUUGGGGAGCGUUAAGUCGAUGGAAGGUAGUUUCACAUUGCAAUAUUUUGAAAAUAUUGAUAUUUGGAACCCACGUGGUUGACCUUGAGUCUCUAAAUACCCAGAUUUUUUUAAACACCAAAUUUAGGUUACCCCUUGGAUUAAGGUGACCUAGUCUUAAUUGACAUUCCAAUAUUUCUCUUGUAAAAAAAUAGUGCCACUGGCACCAUCUAAUGUUUGUUAUUUUAUGAAUCGAUAUGAAGUAUUUGCUUUAAAAGCAAUAAUAACAAGCGUUCGUAGAACUCAA